AUAUUUUAUAGGUUUAUUUAUGAAACAGAGCAUCACAAUGGCAUAGCAGAAUUACUGGAAAUAUUGGGAAGCAUAAUUAAUGGAUUUGCCUUACCAUUAAAAGAAGAGCACAAGAUUUUCUUAUUGAAGGUGUUAUUACCUUUGCACAAAGUGAAAUCACUGAGUGUCUACCAUCCUCAGCUGGCAUACUGUGUAGUUCAAUUUUUAGAAAAGGACAGCACACUUACUGAACCAGUGGCAGAGCGGGCACUGUAUUACUGGAAUAAUGAAUAUAUUAUGAGUUUAAUCAGUGACAAUGCAGCAAAGAUUCUGCCCAUCAUGUUUCCAUCUUUGUACCGUAAUUCAAAGACCCAUUGGAAUAAAACAAUACAUGGCUUGAUAUAUAACGCAUUGAAACUCUUCAUGGAGAUGAACCAAAAACUGUUUGAUGACUGCACGCAACAAUUUAAAGCAGAGAAAAUGAAAGAGAAGCUAAAACUGAAGGAACGGGAAGAAGCAUGGGUUAAAAUAGAAAAUCUAGCCAAGUCCAACCCCCAGUACACAGUGUAUAGUGAAGCCAGUUCCCUGAAUCUUCCAGUUGCAAUGGAAACAGAUGGGCCUUUAUUUGAAGAUUUACAGAUGCUGAGAAAGACAGUCAAUGAAGAGUCACGUCAGGCACAGAAAGAUCAGAAAAAGGAUCGUCCUCUUGUGCGACGCAAGUCAGAACUGCCUCAGGAUAUCUAUACCAUGAAAGCCUUGGAAUCCCAUUGCAGAGCUGAUGAGAUAAUAUCACAUGAUGGGCAUUAGCUUAUUACCAUGGAGUAUAUGGGGAGGAGGCAUAUUCUUUUCGACUUAGUAGAAAAUACAUACAUCUUGUGCCAUACAAAUCAGUUGUAUUCAAAGUCAAAAGCUUUCUUCAACCCAGUUCUGUAGGCAAUAACUUAAUUCAGCAUACAGCUCAAGAUCAGUAGUUCAAACAAUGGUAAAUUAUCA